AUGGAGAUGGUUAGGCUCUCAGGCGGUCAGCUUGGUGCAGUACACCGAGAAACGGGAGAGCGACUAGCUCUUACCGACUACAUAUCCAAAUACGAAGUGGCUGAAACGGAAGUGGAUUCGUUGGGAAUGCAAUCUGUUGAGACAAUAAGAGCUGAUAUUAUCUUCCAUCGUCUCUAUCGUGCUGUCGUUGAGGCUGUCUUCAAGGGACCCGAUUCUGAUUCUCCUUCUCCCUUGCAUACGACUGUGGAGUUGUGUACUCUCGAGGAUCUGCCUGGAUUUCAUGUCUCUGAAUACCCCAUGGGCUCAGCUCUAGCUCUCGUUACGAAAAUCGCAAUUGUGACCCCUAUUCCUGAUAUCGCCAGUCUACCUCUUGAU